AUGGAGCAGCGGGUGGGUGAAGUAACACUCGGUGUGAGACUCGCCACGCGGUAUGUGCCCAAUCAAAUUCUCGCCUCCACACUUUCAUGGGGUUCACUCCUCGGCGUAACGGAGGUCGCGCGACUGGAGCGGGCCUUCGCCAAACACACCGUCACCCACGAUGGAGAUCCCGCCCUCACACGGGAGUGGUUUGUGUAUGUGCUUAUGGGUAUUCUCGCAGAGAAACUGCAUCGACAACGCAAUAGUGCUCUCUCACUGGGGAGUGAUAGUAGUAAUGGGGGUAGCAGAAGAACCAGCGACAAUAAUAAUGAAAAUAAUAAUAAUAAUGAUAAUAAUCAAAAUGAUGAUGAUGAUGAUGAUGAUGAUGAUAAUGAUGCUAGUAGUAAUAAUAGUCUUGGUGAUGAUCAUGAUGAUGACAAGAAAAAGGAGAAGACGACGACGACAACAACAACAAAGAAGAAUACCAAUAGCAAAGAAAAUAAUAAUAAUAAUAAUAAUAAUAAUAAUAAUAAUAAUAAUAAUAAUAAUAAUAAUAAUAAUAAUAAUAAUAAUAAUAAUAAUAAUAAUAAUAAUAAUAAUAAUAAUAAUAAUAAUAAUAAUAAUAAAGAUCACACCACUACUAAUGGUACUGAUACUGCCGCAGCAGCGACUAAAACGAACACCAACAAUUCUGCCGGUACUCUACAUACAACUUCCAAUACCUUUCUUACCACACAGGGAUCAUAUGAUGAUAUCACAUUACAGGAUGAAGUACUAUUACAAAAAUAUAAAGAGGAAAUCUUAAAAUGGAUCAGUUCUUUUUCAGUGCAACUCUCUGUUCAUGACCCUCUUUGGGAUGUUUGUGAAACAAGUAAUGAGGAACUCGCAAGAAUAGAAGCAUCAGCUUCUAAUUCUUUUAUGGCUACUAUGAGUGCUCAUACAAGUCCUACACAUAGAAGAAGUAAUAAAACAAAUAAUACCAAUUACAAGAUGAAUAAAUAUGAAAAUGCAGAAGGUAAUGAAACCAAAAGACGAGAAAAAGUAAGUACUGUAACUUCUUCCGUUCCCCCUACAUUUAAACAUCCAGUAUCUGUCGUUUCAUCUACAGGAUUAACUCGUAAAAAAACAAUUCAACAUGAAAUAGUACGUUGGAGUGAUCUUACAACAAAUUUUGUACGUGACUAUGAACAUUUUCAUCGUUUUGAUGAAAAGGAAUUAUCCUUUACACGCGUACGAACAGAAAUGUUUUCAGGAAUGACCUCUCCUAAACGUCCCUUCUCUAAUAAAGAACGAGGAGGAGGAGUUGCUGGUGGAGUAGGAGGAGGAGGAGGAGGAGGAAGAAGAAUAGAAGAAGAAAACUGGUCUAGAGUUUCUCGACAGAUGAAAGAUGCAGAAGCCGAUGCUCUUAUGGGAAAUGAAAUGCAUCUUCAAUCCGCAGAUCACAUACUCAUCUCAUCUCAAACAGGUUGUAUUAUUACUACUAGUAAAGAUGGUAUAGUGAAAUUAUGGGAUAGUAGUACAGGUGUUUUUAUUCGAAAUCUCUAUAAUGCAGGUACUGCAUGGGUUAUUGGGAUGUUUCUUUUACAUGAUGAUGAUUAUAUCCUUAUAGCUACUACGGAUAGUCAAUUAACAGUAUUAGAUUUCCCAGAAGGUAAUGUUGUUCAAAAGUAUGUGGGAUGUCGAUCUAUGUUAGCAGCUUCCCCUACAGUUCCACAGUUAUCCGCUCUGCAUGUACAAAGAUAUGGAAUUAAACCAGGAGGAUGUGGAGCCUAUCGUGUCGUUUUACAAAAGGAUGAACCACCAGAACAAUAUCAUAGACGUCGACGUGAGGCUCAAAAUAAUGUAUUACCAAAGAAUAUUCCCGCAAAGCCAGUGGUUGGAUUUUUAACACCUACCACCUGUUGGUUUGAGAGUUUCUCUGGUAUAUUUUUCUUUGGUACUUCUGAUGGUAGUGUUGGGGCAUUUGAUAUCGCGGCGGAUGUACGUCCAAGUACACUAUUAGCCGGACCUAAUAACAAACCGGUUCGAUUAUUAUUUUUAAUGGAAGCUCAUGUAGGAGCUGUGGUGGGAAUGUUUUACACAUCUUAUGCCACUUCUCUCUUUACAGCAGGUGCGGAUGGAUUUAUUUACCGUAUUCCACUUGGUCCAACAUCAGAACCCACAGGAGAACUUCGUCCAGUGGGUCAUAAAUCUAAACCGAUUCGUCUUAUGCAAUGGGCAUCCCCUUCAAAAUGUUUUGUUACAAUUCAUGUGGAUAGACGUGUGGUGAUUUGGGUUAUUGGACGAUAUGGAGAUCCACUGCAUUCUUUUCCUCCUGAAACACAAGAAGUGGUUAGUGCGGCAUUACAUCCAAAACGACAACGAUUGGCUAUUAUGCUUUCGGAUAAAACUAUUAAAGUAUAUGAUACUCAUGGGAAUAAGUCUCUUACCACUAUUACACAACCAACGCAAGAGUUAAACUUAACAGCAACAGAUGCAUCAAAACAGAUGAUGGAACAGUCGGCUCGUGAUUUAGAUGGUGUAGUGGCAUGGCAUCCACAUCAUUCUUCUCUUAUUUGUUGUUUACGGGCAGUCGUUAUUUAUGAACCGACAAGAAAUCAUCAAGAAGAAAAUUAUGAUGGUACUUCUAUUCCUUCCAUUGCAUCAGAGAGUAGUUCAUCCACUUCUACAGAGAUAUCUGAGGAACAGAAAAGUAAUAAUGCUAUUCGCAUGAGACGUCCAUCCAUUUCUCCUGGAAGUAUGAGACGUAUGGAUACACAUUCUGGUGGAGUUGUUGCUAUUGCGGUACAUAAACAAUUAUCUGAACUUUAUUCCUUUGAUGAAAAGAGUUGGAGAGUAUGGGAUGUAAAUACAGGGGCAUUAAAACGACAUGUAGAUGUUCAACAUGCAGUACGAUUAGAACACUUACCUAUCAAACAAGCAACAAUAGCAUCUUGUGCAUGGACAACAGCAUUACAAACACGUCUAAUGACUGGUGGUCAAGAUAGUUCUCUGCUUACAUGGGAUCCAGCAACAGGGGCUCCAUUAGCGGUAGAAACACUUGUUCAAGAUAUUACAGAACAAUUAGACUCGGAUGUAUCUCUUAUUUCACACCGUAAUAAAUUAAUAGCCUGGAGUGGACGAACUUGUCGAGUGACAACAUUUAGUACAGGUAAUUUACUUCCAAAUGGUGUGGAAGAAAGUAAAAAUGUUAUCAUUCGUAUACCUUCAUUAACAUCUAUAACAGCUUGUUGUGUUGUGCGAGAUGCAUAUCUUUGCUUUGGUGCUGGGGAUGCACGUAUUUAUUUUUAUAGUAUUAGAGGUGGAUCACCCACACAUGAAUGUGCUCUUAGAGAAAAAAAUGAAGAUGAAAAAGGAGCAGUCGUACAACUUGUAUUUUUAAAUGAACAAAAUCAAAACCUUCUUAUUGUUUUUUUAGAUACUGGUAUUCUCUUUGUUUAUUCGUAUAUUAAUCAAUCGGUGAUCUAUCGUAUACGUUUAGUUCGUCGUUUUGAAUGUCGUAUUCGAAAAGUAUUAUAUAUUCCUGAAGAUGGUCUUACAGUCUAUGGAGAUUCCAUUGGUCGAGUUCGAGCUCUUGAUGUUCGUGGUUGUACAUCUGUUCAAGUAGACUUUCGUCAAACAUUUGUUACUCGAUUUACCCUUCAAGGUGCUACAGAUGAAAUUACAUCAUUAGAUUACUUUACAGCUAUUGGAAGACGUCAUUUACUUGUUGGUUCACUAGAUCGUUGUGUACGUCUCUUUCAAUUGGAAGAUGGAUAUAAUUGGGGAGCCUCUAUGUCUACACAUUCCGCCUCACCAGGUUCUAUGCGAUUUUCACCUAUUAUCAAUGUAACGUUUGUAGGAGUUUUUGGUCGUGAUGUAUGGGAUCUUGAAGAUGUAGAGACAUUUAGUGAAAGACCUACAGUUAUACCUCGUAAGUUGGUAACCAAUACCGCAGAAGAAGAGGCAUUACUUGAAAAUAUUGUAAAUGCCGAUGUACGACCUGAUAGUGUUAAGAGUGCUAUGGAUUCCUUAACAGAAGAAGAUGGAAGUUUUGCACGGGCACGAUCUCGUAAAGGGGCGAGAGGUCAAUCCGCAUCUCCGGCUCUACACAUGCAAGCAACACCACCACCACCACCACCCGCACCCGCACCAUCUGGACGAAAUUUCUUCUUAACCGAUCUCCAACACAUGCAUGAUGAUACAGGUAGACCACACUCCUUAUCUUUUAUUUCCUCCACUGAUAGUGUUAAACAACACUUCCAACAACAGGGAUCACCAUUACCACCAUCUCCAUCAGAGGCGGGUGGUGUACUUCUCUCACGCGGUGGGGAUCGUCAACUCACCUCCGGUGGUCUUGGACGACGUUUACAAGGACGUACAAAGUUGUGUUCCCUGCAAACCACUUCCUACCCAUUACCAAAUGCCAGUGAAAACGCCAUGGGAUUAUCACAGGCAGAUCCUCUCAUUAUAAAUUCUCCCGCAGAGAGUGCCACUCCACUUCCAAACGCCACAAUGGAUACAUCCGGUGUACAGAAGAUACGAACAAUGCUGCAGAUCAUGACUCAACGAUUGGAAGCUGUGCAGCCAAAGGGCCACGCCAAAGGGGAAUUCCUGCGAUUAAUGGAACCAUUGAAAGAAGGAGAUACACUUUUAAGACGCAGUAAGAAUCAUCGUCAUCGCUCUGGAGGGGAGGAAUUGCAAAUGGCAUUGGAGACACGUCGUCAACUCGCUGAGAGAAUGGAAGAAUAUAAAAGAAUGAAGGAAAUGCGGCGACGGGCAAAGAAAGAUUUUCCACCACUCGUCUCGGCAAGAUAUCAUCUUACACCUGUUGUGAUUCCCCAACCAACUGCCCUUCGACCAGAUCCAAUGACGGCACUUGGUCGAGUGUUUGAGACCCCACAUGUGGCAUUUCCAAGCGAACCCUCCGUAAAGGCAGGUGGGAUUAUGUAA